UCCUUAGAAAGCAUGACAUCACAGCACACAACGCACAUAACAGCAGCCACGUCCUAACUGGAACCAGACUCUUCACUCUACAAUCAUAGAAUACAUGACAGUACUAAAGACCAUGACGCGAAUAUUCAUCACCGGCUCCAGCGAUGGCAUCGGCCAAGCCGCCGCAAAGCUCCUCGCCGACCAGGGCCACUCAGUGGUCCUGCACGCCCGCAACGCAGACCGCGCAGCCUCAGCACACAAGGCCGUCCCCAAAGCCGAAGCCGUGCUAGUCGGUGACCUCAGCUCGAUAGCCGAGACAAAGAAGCUCGCAGACGAAGCCAACAAACUAGCACCCGAGCCCUUCGACACGGUCAUCCACAACGCCGGGAUCGGAUACGGCGGGACCUCGAGCACGGAGAUCACGGCUGAUAAAAUCUCUGCCGUGUUUGCGGUCAACACACUCGCGCCGUAUAUCCUGACCUGCAAGAUGAAGCGGCCGACCGAGAGACUCCUGUAUAUGAGCUCGGACAGCCACUAUGGCGGAGACGAGAGCCUGCGCAACGCAACGCAAUCACACUCGUACGGGAACAGCAAACUGCAUGACGUGAUGCUGGCGAAUGCAUUCGCGCGGCGCUGGGGCGAUGACAUCCAGAUUGUCAGUAUGCAUCCGGGCUGGGUGCGGACGAAGAUGGGCGGCAGUAUGGCGCCUGGGGGGAUGGACAAGCCGGCAAAGGCAUUGGCGGAAUGGGCAGCGGGACAGGGGAGUCUGGCGAAGCUCAAGAGUGGGACGUUCUUCACGACGAGGGGCGAGGAGUCAGCGCAUCCGGGGGCAGCGAAUGUGAAGAAGCAGGAGGAGUUGCUGGGGAUUUGCAAGGAGGUAUCAGGGGUAGACAUUCCAGAGUAAUACGCGAUACGACAUUGCACUGCAGAGAUAGGAUAAUAGACACUGCAUCGUCACACGCUAGGAUAACUAUUAAUCAAUAGUUUAAUUCUGAAAGAAGCGGUGGUCUGUCCACCGGAAGUUUGGUUGCCGUUCUGAUCGACGCGAGUCUAUUGAUGUUAGUGCGCCACAUCCAGGAACAGACAGAACCAAAAAAUAGGGUGGACAGAACCGAAUGAACCGAGGGCGUAUCCGUGAUUAUCGGAUCGGAUCGAUUUAAAGUUGGAACUGGAGGGGUAGGGAAGACCCGCCGAGGCAGAGACACAUCGUGGGAGAAUGGAUAUCAACUGGCAUUAAAUAGUCAUUAGUCGUUAUGGCCACCAGCUGUGCA